AUGCACAAAUACUUCACGCGCAAAGCUUCUGAAUGGUGUAUUACCGAUUUUCUAGACGAAUGCGACAUAGAGCCUUUUGAACGGAAGGUAGAUCAAUACCUUAAGUGCCUUGAAACUAUUGUUAGUUGUGAACAAGAGAAGAAAAAGGAAAAGGCGAAAUUGCUUCUUAAGAAAUAUAAAAAGGCAAGAAUUCUUUUUAAAAAGUGUAGCUUAAGAAUAGUGGCGUGGCAGGGACCCAUUUGGUUCUUGUCAUUCAAGGCCACUCGCCGAGCCACAAAACCAGCGUUGGGGCACAGCCUGGUCCCACUGAGGCAACAUACGACCCACUCGGUUAUCUGUUGUUCAAGGCCACUCGCCGACUUAGAUAGACCUGAUUAUAAAGAAGCUAGACAAUGGGAAAAUAGACGUAAAUCGGACAGAACAUUUAACCUUAAUAGCAUAAACUUUGCUGGGAAUUCUUUAUUGGGCGACUCUGGGAUUAUCAACGACGAAGGAGAACCCCUGAAAAAAUGGGACUUUAGGCCACGGAAGAAAGUAGACUCUGCUGAUGUUUCGGAUUUAAAUCAUUGUGAAAAUGAGAUGAACGGAAGUGUAUCCGGAAAUUAUCAGGCUCGCUUGGAAAAUAACUCUAUUUCUCGUGAAUACACUUUAAGUUCAGAAAGUGAUGAUGAGUUAGUGGAUAAGUCUAAUACAACACCCAUUCAGGAAGAGCUAUUAUCGAAAAUUAAUUAUUAUGAAUUGGGAAACAAAAACACUAUACAAAAUUAUAAUGAUGGAUUCCAAACUCCUCCUCAUCAAAUCGUCAGUAACACAUACAAUGAAGAUAUAUCAAUUAACGAAAAUAUCUUAAGAAUGUCUGCUGAAAGCUUGGCGAAGCUUGAUGAAUCUAAGUAUUUUGGCGACUUCAUUCCACAUUUUAUAAAAUACAAGGAAUCGCAAAAAGGUGAUCCGUUUUCAUGCACACAUGAUGACGUGAUGGAUAUUCGAGGAGAAAGCGAGUUUUCAAAAUUUUUGUCAGUAGAUGAUUAUGUAAAAAUGCGAUCAAAAAAACCAAAAAGGGAAGCUGAAUUGCCAGAAGUUUGGUGCAAUGUUAUCGAAGAAUAUUUUAAGGAAACAACCGAAAGUGGGUCAAUAAAAAGUAUAUCAGAUUGGAUCCGUAUUACGGAAGAGCUGGGAAUUGUGAAAGAGAAAGAUAAUAAAGAGCUAAUACAAAUAAAAAAAUAUUUGAAUCGAGUUAUGCUUCCGUUAAUUUGGGCAUCGAUUUUUCUCAAGGCAUUACAAGAAUUUAUAGGUCUCGAUUGGAGGGCUAUGGAAGUUUCAGUACAAGCCUCAAAAUAUAGAAAAAAUUAUGGGUACAACUUUACUAUAGACAGGGUAGUUGAUGGAAAAUCUGUAGAUUUAUUAGCGUGGAUAGAGAAAAUGGGCGAAGAAAUUUUUGUUGGAGAACAAGCUGGACCUCCCAUCAAAUGUAAUUUAACAAAAUUUGCAAUGGCUUCUUUCAAAUUGUACAGAGAGAUGCGAGAUUGUUUAAACUUUCGAAUUUUACAGGUUAUGGGAAAGGGUGAUAUAAAAUAUAAUGAUCAGGUUGUUUUUGGAAUAUUGAGUUGUCUUUUCAAAGUCACAAUGUUUAUGAUGUGGAAAGAUGGAGUGUGUAUAUAUGACAAAUAUAGAAGUUUAAAUAUUGCUUCUCAACCUAAUAAGAUUUCAGAUAUGAAAUCAGAUAUAUUAAGGUUAUUGAAAUUUAUA